AUGACGAAGGCCGUGCAGAUUAUCUCCUGGCACUGCUGUGGACCACAGCCUACAGCAUGGCUUGAUGACUGCACAUUGCAGCUGUCUCACAAUGGUACCUACUUGGAUUUAGAGUCUACCUUAGCAGAACAAAAGGAUGAAUUGGAAGGUUUCCAGGAGGAUUCUGGCAGGGGCAAGAAGCACAGUGUCAUUUUGAGGACCCAGCUUUCAGUCAGAGUCCAUGCCUGCAUUGAAAAACUCUACAAUUCAAAUGGACGGGAGCUGAGGCGGGCCCUCUUCUCCCUGAAACAGAUAUUUCAAGAUGACAAGGAUUUGGUUCAUGAAUUUGUUGUGGCAGAGGGCCUGACCUGUUUAAUAAAAGUGGGCGCUGAGGCGGACCAGAACUACCAGAAUUAUAUCUUGAGAGCACUGGGACAAAUUAUGCUAUACGUAGAUGGGAUGAAUGGAGUAAUCAAUCAUAAUGAAACGAUCCAGUGGCUGUACACUCUCAUUGGGUCAAAGGUAAGAAGAAUCCCAUCUAUUGAAGAGUUUUAAAGAUUUUUCCGUGUG